GGAUUUAGAAUGUGUUUUCCCGUAAGCCGACCUUGAAACAUGAGCGCCACGAGCAUAGCCUAGCCUAUUUUCCGGAGAAUUACAGGCUCGGCAACCUACACUGUAAUUCUUGUGGCAUGGGUUGUAAUCGAGACCUCUACCGCUGUGUUUCGUGCAAUUUUAAUCUUCACCAUGACUGCGUUCCGCUACCACGGAGUAUUGACCAUCAAUGCCACCCAUAUCAUCCAUUGAUCCUCUAUGAUAAUUUCAUCGAUGGAAGGCCGGAAUGCCAGUACUGCGAUAAAUGUGAGGAGAUCAGGAAUCCAGACCAUGGCGUAUAUCGUUGUGCAGAAUGCUGGUACACAACUCACAUCGAAUGUGUGAUCCCGAUUGUGGAACCAGAGGGCCCAAAACCUAGUGAAAAUCCGAUCCUCGAUGAGCUGGAUAAAGAGAUUGCAAGCCUAGAGACGAAGAUAGAGGUACUGGAGAGAAAUCUGAAGGCAGCUAAGGGAAAACUGGAGGAGCUUUCAGAAAAGAGAGUCUUCGAGUACAUAAACAGGCCUUGAUGAUAGCGUGAGCAAGUAAAACCGCACCGGUUCCGAGAUCCUUUUAUUUUUUUCAAGUUGUGAAUGCGCCCUCAAUUGUCUUGUGUCUGAUUAGAUCUCAUUUUCUUUUUAAUGUUCGUGAUGGCUGUAAAGAAAACGAGAUAGAUCCUUCCUCAUUCACAAGUAAUAAGUAACGCACUUCUCCAGUCGUACUC